AUGGUCGGCUCCUCAUUCCACAUCUUCCGGGCCCUUCACCCACCUGGCAAGGCUACUCAGGGCGUACAUACCUGCCCGACCUGCUUCAAGACCUUCACGCGAAGCGAGCACUGCACGCGACACCAGCUCUCGCACAACAAGCAGCGGCCCUUUACGUGUCAGUUUUGCGGCAAGACGUAUGCACGAAAAGAUCUAGUCAAGCGACACGAGCGGACGAUACACGUAGACGAAUACUCGAGGCAAAUGGAAGACGAAAACACCACCCAGAGCACCUCGAAAAACGUCGACGAUAACCAGGAGCAGGAGCAGGAGCAGACGUCGCCGAGGCCAGAAAAUGCACAAUCAUCCUCCGAUUCCGAUUCCAUCACAGUGCAGGUCGUCCCGAUGGUGAGCCCAAAUCCACGCAAAAGGCCACGUCAUGACGAGGGCGAAAAGGCCAAUAUAUCAGCGACCGACCCCCCCACGACGAGGCUGCCAGGUGGUUCCAUUUCCACAAAGACCACCACCGUCGCCGACGACACUCCAAACGUCGUCUUGCUGGAAGAAAUCUCGUCGGCGAAUCAUGGCUUGGGCCUCGACGCCCUCGACAAUGGCACUGGCUGUUCACCCGGUUCGGAUCCUCUCAUGUUUAUGCAAUCAUUGGAUUUCCUCGGCGACGACUUUGAUGACAUGGCUGGCGAAUUCCACUUUGAGUCAGGCUCCGGGAUGCCGCACAACGACGCGAGCUUUCCGUGGCGACACGCUACUUUUGCGCCUCUCGAGUUACAGAAUCACAUGCCGGAGCAGCAGCAGCAGCAGGGCUUCAGGUCAAGUGAUGAGUCGCUACUGACACCCGAAAGCAGCAGAGGGCCCGACCAUCCUAUCCACUCGGCCCGGGAGAACCAUCCCGGUCGGCUACCCAAGAUCCUCAAGGAGACACCUGCGAGCCUGCCGCGGAUUCUGAUAGACGACGAUGCAUAUCAGCAUCUGCAGCUUGAUACCUGCUCGCGGCUGGGACAGUCACAUAUCCCGCUGCCUCUGAAGAACCCUUGGGAAGUGCAGCUCAUGCUUAACGGCUACAUCGACAGCUUCCAUCGCCACCUUCCCAUCCUCCAUCUCGCCUCGAUGAAGCCGAGCCAGACGCCGAGCCCCCUGAUAUGGGCAAUGUGCUGCAUUGGAAGUCUGUACCGCCUCGAUCGAGAAAAGGCACGUCGCUUCCAUGCCUUGGCAGAUUACCGACUGCGCCGGGAUUACCUCCGACGCUCUCAGCCUCCGCGCCGCCAUACCUGGGAGGAAUGGAUCGAGAGGGAGUCAAUGAAGAGACUGCUGUGCGGCAUGUUUAUGAAGAGCAACCUGCUCCUCAUCCUGUAUGACGUGGUGCCCGGGUUCGACACCAGCCAAGAUCUGGACAUUGAGGCCUUGGAGGAAGAACGGCUGUGGAAUGCACCCACCGCCGCCGCGUGGGAGGUUAUGCGACAGGCAGUCAUCCCUUGCACCAAGAGCAUCCGUGACAUCCUCGCCGACAUGCUUUCUGAGGUACCACCAGAUGAGGACGAAGUUGCAGACUCCUACGGCGUGUCCGGGUUCACAGCGCUCGUCGCGGUUCAUGCCGUCAAUAUACACAACUGGCAUCUUUCCCAGGUCUCACGAACGAUGAGGAGGGGGAUGAAGACGGCGGGCAUUGCACCCAACGCCAUGCUGCAACACUCGCUCGCGGCCCUGACGAGGUGCCGCGAGGUUCUGCGUCUUUCACGUCCCAAUGGCGCCGAGCCCAUGUGGGACGAUCCCGAGGGACCGCUGUUGUUCAACUGCGAGGCCAUGCUCCGCGCCGCCUACGCUCGACUGUUCACCGACGCGAGCUUGCCGCAGCGCUUCACCAUACUGUGCGCCUCUUCAGAGGACAGACAGACUGCCCUGCGAGACUUUGUUGCGGCCAAGCAGGAGCGCAGCGCCUUGAUGACCAAAGCGGUUGGUCACGUCCUCGAGUCGAUCCUGAUUCCUAUCAAGGUUGGUUAUUUGCUAGUGCAGAAGACGGCAGCAUUCUCCUGGAGCGUCGAGACUGCGGUAUCUGCAUGGGCAUGUGUCUUCCUCCUCUGCAAAUGGGUUUAUUGCAUCGAAACGCUAAAACCUCAAGACGGUCCCAAAGAGCUGGAAUCCCGUCUCAUCUCUCAGGUGAAGACGGCUUUACACAAUAUGGGGUGCGAGUACGAGGAGGGGCGCUCCCUGGCCGCGGCUCUUGGAAGAGCAUGGGCCUCUUUCCACAACGACGUCUGGGUGUGGGGAAUCACCGCGCGGCUGGGCCAGAACUUGAUGGAGCUAGCGGAGCUUUUCGAGUCAAGCUAUGAGGAACAUUGUCGAAACGCGACGACGGGGUCAAAUGAAGAGUGUGAAAACUUCGCGCCCCUCAUCUUAGAGAGGAAGGGUCUUACAGUAUGGAUGGAUGGUGGAGGUAACGCAGAGUGAAUAAGC